AUGCUGUUAAUAUAUGAUAAGCCUGUACCGUGUACGCAUGUACUCAAGUUGGAAUUAAUAGCAGGGGAACAUAAUACAACAAGAUCUCUCGGCAAUUUAUGGUCGGUGUUCGAUAGUGAAGCAGCCUUCGAGUUGAAGAUGUCCAAGAUCCUCUAUUUAGGAUUGUAUUUGUUGCUUCUUGGGGAUUGCAUUUGUGAUUAUCCAGACUGGGAUACAAAAUGGCAAAUGCUGUGCCCUGGUUUAUAUCCAAGAGCUUUCACAAGUUACACGCCACGUGGAAACCUUUCUAGUGGGAUAUACACUACUCAGCAUCAUUUAAGCACCAUAAAACACUGUGUCGCGGCGUGUUGUACUAAGACCGAGUGCAAUGUAGCGCUCAUGCACAAUGGCACCUGUUAUCAUGUGCAAUGCGAAAGUUCCAAAAAAUGUAUACCUUUGUAUAGAAAAGACUUGGCGAAUGAAACUCCUCCGAGCAUGGUGCUAGUUAAACCUGUAGAAGAGGAUGAGAUAUGGAGCGAUUUAUUGGAUCAGAUAAAUGAUGAUACUGGAGGGUUUCUUAUGGAUGGUACGGAAGGAGAUCACAUUCUUUUUGGUGGAUCAAAUGGAAUAAGUUGUAUCACUCAAACAAAUUGUUUAGAGCACGAAAUCUGUGUUAAAUCUGUGUUAUCUGAGGAUAAGUCUGACAUUGGAGUUUGUCAAUGUUCUACUGGAUAUAAACGAAAUAUGGCAGGAAUUUGCACUUUGGUGGAAGACAUGGAACUUGGUGUAACUCCACAAGGAAAACCACAAAGUAUAAAAGAUUCCAGUACAUCUAUGAAACCACCAGUAAAAAGGCUGUUAGUUUCUGCAGUUUCAAAAGAAGUACGCUUGCCGGAGAAUGAAGUAACAUUAUCUGCGUAUACUGUGGCAGAACAAGAAAAUGAACAUUACAAUUAUGCUUGGAGUCUUUUAAGUCAACCAGAUGGCCAUACUGGCAUAAUGACUGAUCAAAACCGUAUGACUGUUAAAUUAAGUAACUUGUCUGAAGGUUUAUAUGCUUUUAAAGUAACAGUAAAUGGCCCAAAUGCCUAUGGUGAAGCAUACGCAAACGUUAGCGUUUUGCCACCUAAAAGAAUAAAUCAGCCUCCAAUUGCUAUAAUAUCACCCGCAUCACAAGUUGUAAAACUUCCAAAUACGGGAGCUGUAUUAGACGGUUCAUCGAGCAAAGACGACGAUCGUGUUAUUUCGUAUCAUUGGGAAUUGCAACGAGGUCCUAUUGGAUAUCAUCCUAAUCUAGUUGACACACCUACUUUGCAAUUAGAUAAUCUCAUCCCUGGCAACUAUACUUUUAAAUUGACGGUCGAAGAUUCUAAUCAUAUCACUAAUUCUACAAGUGCUAAUAUAACAGUUUUAAAAGUAACUGACUAUCCACCUAGUGCUAAUGCCGACCAAGACAUUAUUAUAUAUUUACCUCAAAAUACAUUGACACUCAAUGGUAACUUAAGUACAGAUGAUCAUGGAAUAGCAAGUUGGGAAUGGACAAAGAGUCCGUCAGAUCAAAAUAAGGCAGUAGAUAUGCAAAAUACAAGAACACCGUAUUUACAACUGUCUAAUUUAGAGGAAGGAAUGUAUACAUUUGUACUAAAAGUAACGGACGAUUCGGAACAAUCUUCUACAGCUGAGGUUCAUGUAUUUGUGAAACCACCGACAAAUAAACCACCAAAAGCUGAUGCUGGCGAAGAUAUAACUAUAGCAUUGCCCGAAACAAAAACUAUACUUGAUGGUCGGAAAAGUAAAGAUGAUAUUAAGAUUGUAUCUUAUCACUGGGAGCAGUUGAGCGGGCCUAGUAAUGCUGAAUUUUCAGCAGUAAAUGAAUCAGUUACGAAUAUUACAAAAUUAACGAAGGGUGAUUACGAAUUUAAGCUGACCGUAAUUGAUGACAAUGGAAAUAAAGAUUCGGAUAUCGUCAAAGUAAAAGUUACACAAAAUAAAAAUGCUGCUCCGAAAGCUAACGCAGGUGGAGAUCAAGUCGUUGUAGCGCCUAUUAGUGCACUAAUUAUUAAUGGAUCUCAGUCAACUGACGACUUAAGAAUUAGUGAAUGGACAUGGUCGAAGGAUCCGUCUAGUCUUGCUAUAGGUACUAUAGUUCAGAAUUCUGACAAAUCGCCAAUUCUAAUGUUGACAGAUAUCGUGCCAGGGAGAUACGUUUUUAGAUUGAAAGUAACGGAUGAUCAAGGUCUUAGUAGCGAAGACACUGUAUCCGUGAUAGUAAAACCUGACCCACAGUUAUUGAAUUUAGUUGAAUUAACAUUGAAUAUCGGAGCAAAUAUGUUAACCGUAUCACAAAAAAAUUCAUUGGUAGUGAAAUUACAAAUGUUAUUGCGAGAUGAAGCGUCGAUUAUUGUUCGGAAUUUAAGAGCGGAGCCACAUACUGGCAGAGCUGUUUUAAUUUUCUAUGUAGACAAGAAAGGAGGAAAGGUCACUAUGCACGGGCCAGAAGUAGUGAAACGAUUGAAAGAAAAAUUAAGACAAGAUUCAGGUCUUCUUCAGUUGUCCGUUGCAAAUAUCGAUACUGCUGUGUGUCAAAAUAAUUGUUCACGUCAUGGAGUAUGUGAUCAAGAAACAAGAUUAUGUAUGUGUGAAGCAUUUUGGAUGCAAAAUUUGAUACAAAAAUAUUUUGGCAAUGGCGAGUCUAAUUGUGAUUGGAGCAUUCUCUAUGUGAUAAUAGCAUUAUUAUCUCUAGUCGUUUGUUGGGUUGGCCUCAUUUGGGGUCUUGUUUGUCUUUGCCAAAGAAUAUGUACAGGUAAACGACGUUCACUUCGCACCAAGAAAAAGCCACCGCGCUACUCCCUUCUGCAACCGGAACCGGAGGAUGACAGCAGCACAUGUACGACACCUUUCCUUUUAUAUGAAUUUCGAAAUAAUAUGUAACGAAUCUUCAUGUGAUUAUUUUUAUAGUUUCCACACACAAAAUGGUAUUAUCGGAAUCGGAUACCGAUUCUGACGACGUCUUAUUCGAGCAUCGUAAAACGAAAAAUAGCAGUCAAGUAAGAAACGGUAAAUCACGAAAUGGCUUUAUUAAAGUGGGCUCUAGAGUGAAAACAUGAGAAAUACUAGUCAGUUACAAGGCUGUAAUUUUAUGUAUGUACCUAAUAAAGAUAUGAUUUCUCAGACGGAAGUCGCUACUUGUAAAAAAAAAUUUAACAGAAAAAUUUAGAUUAGAGAUAAGAAGUCACGCGCUCACUUCAUUGCAUCUUAUUUGAUUUAUUCGAAAUAAUGCGUAUAUUUAUUGGUAUUGUGUACUUGUAUCUGAAAGUUUUAUUACAUAAUUGUAGAUAUAUCGCCGUAUAUGCGCGUGCGAUAUCAUAGCACAAUAAUCAAACUUGAUUUAAUUACGGCCUUAGAAAAUAUUGUAUUUAUAUAAUAAUCAUUUCUUAUUCAUGUAUCCCUUGUCUGUAAUACUUGCUCUGUAAUAUGUAUAUCAUCGACCUUAUUUUUACACUGCAUAUGGAUAAAUAAUAAAAUUUAUUGUCCAUAUAGCUGAUGUAAUAAUUUAUUUUCCUUAAUGUUUUUUUAACGUUCGAUGUUAAGUAAAACAAGGGAAAUGAUUUUAAAUUUAAUAUAAGUAUUUAAAUUUAGUAUAAAGUAGUCUAAAGCAUUUUAAAACAGUCACAAUUUCGUUUCACGUUUGCUUUAGCGUUAUUUUUAACUCAUUACGCUAUGGUAAGUGCGAAGUAGUGCAAAAGUUAUUCGUACCAUCAUCCACCGACAAAUUUCUGUAUGCAAUAAAUUUCGCCAUAAAUUACUUAGCAAUUUAAUGGAUUUUAUUAUCUGCUCAAAAUAUCAAUAUAUAAAGAGUUGCUGUAACGAAAAAUCAUCGAUGGAUGGUGAAAAUGAGAACAACGAACUCCGUAACGAAGAUUACAUAUUCCUCGAACGAAAAAAUAAAAUCGAAGGUAGAUAUCCCGUUGUCAACGUAGAGCCAUUACAUUCUGCUAAAAACGAACGAUAUGAUAAAUGCUCUAAUCGACCUUUAUCCUGGAAUAGAAAUAGAUCAGAUUUUGUUCAUCAAUUUUCUGAGUUAUCUUGUGGUAUGAAAGACCAAAUAAAUAAUGGAAAUACACAAGAGCAAAAUUGUUAUUCUUCUCUUAAUAUGCAAAAAGACGAAGAUUUUCGAUGCCCUAGAUGCGGUCAAAGGAUGCAAGAACCUAGAUUACUUCCUUGCUUGCAUCCCAUAUGUUCACCGUGUGUUGCAGAAUUAAUGAGUAAACCAAUUUAUAAUUCUUCAAAAGGUAUUAAAAUACAAAGUACCCAAUCGGAAAGUGAUAAAAAUAAAUAUUACGAAAUUUGUCCUUUAUGUGAUUUUCAAUUGCCAAACGCUAAUUCAACAAUUCCACCUCCGCAUUAUCCUCUUCAACAUCGUUUAGUAAUGAGUGCUAUUCGCUCUAGAUUUGCAAACAAAAUACUUUGUGAUAUUUGCCCAGAUGAAAUUGUUGCAGUCGUUCAGUGUUCUACGUGUCUUCGUAAUUUUUGCUUGGACUGUGGCAUGGAGCAUCAACAACAAAUCUCAUUGGAGUUAAAGCCAUUGAAACAUUCAAUAAAACCAUUAUGGGAAGCUACAAAAGUACGACGUACUGCACUUUGCCAACAACAUCCUACACAUGCUUUGCGUUUUUAUUGUAUUGCUUGCCAACAGGUAACUUGUAAAGAAUGUAUGUGGAGUAACCAGCACAGAGGUCAUGCGAGUGAAAAUGCUGUUGGAGCUGCAAAACGAGUUAUUUUGUAUUUAACUAAAAUGCUGCAAAAGGCAAAAAUGCUUUUAAACAAACUCUUAACGCAGUAUGACCGAGAUGCAUUCGCAAAUAGCACUUUUAAUGAAAUAAGAGAUACUUUCAUUUCAAUAGAUUAUAGGUAUGUUAAACUGAUAAAUUUUUAUCAGUUAUUUGUUAGAUAACAUUAUAAUUAUAAGAAAUAUGUACAUAUAUGUAAUAUAAGAAUAGGAAGAUUCCGGAAUAAAAGAUGUACUAUUAUAAAAGAAACAUAUGUACAUACAUGUACAUGAAUUGUCAUGUGAUGAUCAUUACUAUAGAUUUUAAAAUUAAAUUAAGAAUAUGAGACUGUCAUUUGAGGUGAAAAUUUGUACAUUCCUGUGGGAUAUAAGAAUCUGUGAUAAAAAAUAAAUAAAUAUUAUAUAAAUAAUUUUUAAAAAAUUUAAUUUUAUAUUUUUAUUUAUAUGUAAUAAAUGCUCAUUUAUAAAAGGAAUAAAAUGUAUUCAUGAAAAAAUAAAAUUUAUUUUAAACCAAUAACAUUAAAACAAUAAUUGAUAUACAUUCUUUUGAGAGGACAGGCAACAUCCAUAACGUAAAAUUGAUCCACAGCAAGACCAAUGAUGUACUCCAGGAUGUCCAACAUGACCAUGUCCACAACCUUUAUAUCCACCUGCAUAAAUCCUCUACAUCCACAAAUAGCUUCUUUCUUACCACCACUUGAACAGAAAGUACAACAAUGAUAAAUGCCAGUAUGAGGAGGUUUGAACAUAGACAUCCUUGUAUCUUCACUAGAAUUUUCUGAUGUUAUAUUACAUACUCCUAAAACUUUAAAUCUUUUUAUUAUUGUGGUAGCAAGACUCAAUAUUUCUACAUCUGAAGCAUCUGCAAGUAAUUCAUUUGUAAGAAAGAUAGCAUCAAGAAGUUGUCUUGCCUUUUUCAAUCGAUUGAAUUCUUGAAUUCUUUCAUGUGCCUGUUUAGCAUGUAAUGCUGUUGUAUUAUAAUUCCUGAGCUUUGAUUCAUUGUUCAAAGGCUCACUGAAAUAUCUAAUCACAUACACAUUGUACAUUAAAACAAUGUCUUAAAACAAUGUAGUAAUCAUUUUUCAAGUUUUAAUUUACAUUAUUGUAACUUUUUUAAAAAUAUGUAAUUAUACAUGUAUUGGGACAAAUUCAUACUUAUUUUAUAUAACACAAAAAAAUGUUAGGUUAGAGAAACAUUUCUUUUGAAAUUAUGUUCAAAUUGCAAUUAUUUCAAAUAGAACAUUUAUUGUUCCACAUCUAUAUAAAUCAUCUCACUAUUUGAUGUAUUAUUUUAUGUACAUUUAAAAGUAUAAAUAGUUUUUUCACAAGAAAUUCAUGUAUAAACAUGUAAACGUAAUACAUUCUGGCUACUAAUGCUUAAAUUAG